AUGCCCGGUUUGGCCAUCAACUCGGCGCGCCUUAACCAGACCCUUGAUGAGCUGGGCAAGUUCGGAGAGACACCUGAGGGCAUGGACCGCCUGGCUUUCUCGCCGGCCGACAUCGAGAGCCGCGAGUACACCAUGGGUCUUUUGCGCGAGGCGGGCCUGGAAAUCCGCAUCGACACAGCCGGCAACAUCAUCGGCCGCAAGCGGGUCCGACGACUCGCUGCCCGCCAUCGCCAUGGGGUCGCAUACUGA